AAUAUCUUUUGGGGACUCGGAGAAUUUAGAAGAAAAAAAAUGGUGAAUUUGCAUCAGAAAACUGAAAAAGUUAAAUUCUUUACUGGUUGUAGCGGUAGCCACUGACUGGCGGACUAGAGGGUUCCUCUCUCUCUUAUAAAAACUGACUUUUUGCGGUCCGGCGGAAGAAAAAGAUCGCUCCUUUUUCCUCUCCCAAUCGAGACACAUACACUCUUUCUUUGCUGGUAAACUCCGCCGGCGGCGAUGGCGCUUCAGCUAUGGGAGACCCUUCAGCAAGGAAUCACGGCCUACACGGGCCUAACUCCGGCCACUUUCUUCACGGUACUGGCUUUCGGGCUGGCUGUUUACUAUCUGCUCUCUUCGAUGUUUGGGCCGUCUGAUCCGCCGCCGAGGCCCAGGAGCUUCGAGGAGGAGGUCCAGCCUCUUCCGCCGCCGGUUCAGCUUGGGGAGAUCGGCGAGGAGGAGCUGAAGCAGUACGAUGGCGCCGAUCCCAAGAAGCCUUUGCUCAUGGCGAUCAAGGGUCAGAUCUAUGAUGUCUCCCAGAGCAGGAUGUUCUAUGGUCCAGGUGGACCUUACGCCUUGUUUGCCGGAAAGGACGCCAGCAGAGCACUGGCAAAGAUGUCCUUCGAGGACAAGGACUUGACCGGAGACAUCUCCGGCCUUGGUCCUUUCGAGAUGGAAGCCUUGCAGGACUGGGAAUACAAGUUCAUGAGCAAGUACGUGAAGGUUGGUAGCAUCAAGAAGGAAGUCCCAGUGACCGAUGGUUCCUCUAGCGAGCAACCAGCAACUGAAAAUGGUGAUGCUAAGCCUGAAACCACUGAAGCAGAUGAUGCCAAGCCAGCUGAAGAUGCUCCAUCUACGGCUGCUGAGCAUACCGAGGUUCCUCCGCAUACCGAGGUUCCUCCAACAAGCGUCGAGUCCAAAGAGGACUGAAACUGCAGAGGGCAAUUCUGGUGGUGGUGGGUGGCGGAGAGCGAAUUUCGUAAGGAGAGAUGAUGCCAUGAGAGAGAGAGAGUGAGAUGAUGUAUGUAUAAGAAGAUUGAACAUUGGUGGGUUCUUACUUCUUACGUAGUGUUUUAGUCUUUUUAUUUUCAGCUUUCUCAUCUCCAAACCCAGACAUGUUUCUGUCACAAAGAAGAGACUAGCUUUCAUAUGUUUGUCUAAUAAGAACACCAUUCCGUGAUAUUUGGCCUUUCAUGGUGGCUUGAGGACAUAUGAGAUUGUUCAACAUUAAAACAUAUGAUUGCACAGCCAUUCAUUUUUCUUA